UAUUCCUUCUCAAGAAGAAACUAGUAUACUCAUGAGUCCUUGCUAACCAACCUUUCAAGGAAGUCAGCUUAAAACAAACGAAAAAGCCAUGUUAAUCUAGGUAAUUACUUCAACUAAUUGGUUAUGAUUGCGUCAGGUUAAUUCAUAAAAUCAUUUAUUAAGUCUUUCGAUUUUACUUAUGAUGAGUUUGGAAUAGAUACUUUCUUUCUUAUUUGUUUGAUUGGAAUGUGAUUGGAAGUGGGCAGAUGGGUGGAAGAGGAGUGGGUAGAUGGGUGGGUGUGCGGGGAGGGUGAGUGUAGAGGAGAGAAGGGAGGGAUAAGGAGUGGAAUGGGUGGGUUUGCAGGGAGGAUGUGAUAUGAUCUGUAAGUAGUGAUUAGCUUAAUCACUAUUAAGGGUUUAAUUCUUGGGAUUAUUAGGCUUAUUCCUGUUUUAAUGUAGUUUGUUAUAAUUGUCCAGCUGGCAUGAUAAGUUGUAACUUGUAUAAGAGCACUAGCUCUCAGUAUUGUGAAGAGAUCAGAAUUUACAACAAAGAAAUUAAAUACAAAAAUAUUUGGAGCUCUGCUCCUUCAUCUCUCAUUCCCUCUACUUCCAUAGCUUUCUUGUGCUACUUGCAGGUUGAUUAAGGGAAUUGAGAAUUGGAUCGUAUCAAUGGUAUCAUCCUGCUCGACUCCUGGUUUCCCUCCUGUGCACGACCACCCGACCCGUCUUUCUACCAUGGAUGCACGCCUCUCAGCUGCACUCGACUUUCUUGUAGCUUCGAUGCGUGCUGACCUCCGUGCAAUUCGGGAUUCUGACUUCGCUUUCUGCAAGGCUGUGGAGUCUGCCGUCGCACCAAUCCGCUGUCACCUUGCUCUGUUACGCCAUGACUUGGCUCUAGGUGCUGGGGAAGGUUCCGGUCCAGCCUCGAUGUCUUUCGAUGAUGUUGAAAUUCCUGAUCUCGGUCACCAGAAAUUCCACGACUUGGGAUACAAGACAGAGAAGGCAGCCCACAUCGAAUUCCCUCGAAAAUCCAAGUCCAUUCCAUUCCUUCGUUACUUUUAUCAUCUCCGUUGUUGCAAGCAAUGGCAAAUUCGCUCGUCCAACCGUCACACUUAAAUGAUUUUGUAUCAGCCACAGUUCCAUGGUGGAAUGUUGAGAAAACCAGGCCCAUUGUGAUGGUGACCACAACGCCGCUGCUAUUUUCGAUUUCAGCAAUCUUUAGCACUAAAUCAGCCCACGCUCACAGUCACAAACCCGUUUUGAGCACCACGGAAGCUACAAUAGUGGCGCAUGUUCUGGGUUUCCCUUUCAAGAACGUAGGAGCUACUAAAUCUGUAGGUCUCUCUCAUACAAACACCAUGAAACGUCGCCAUGAGGUAUUGCGAUCUUUGAUUUACAAUUUGUCACACGGGAAGGUCAAAUGGCAUUGGAUUUUGAAUAGUCUACUUGCAUGUUAUACUGAUGGAAAUGUGGGCAUGAAUGAUGUUUAUUUGAAUAAGAUUCAUAGGUGGGUCGGCCUGUAUGAGGUUGGCAAGUUUGUGAUGGUUUUUAAUGCAGAGAAAGUGCUUGAUGAAAUAGCUAAGAGACAAAGCGAGGACGCUGCAGGAAACCUCUUCGAUCGAAUGACCCCUCUUUUUCAUAACAUGGUUAUAUGCUCUCAAUUCUGCAUAAAUAUAGGUGAAUUUUGGAAUGGAUGGGAUCCGGGAGGGGGAUUAGCUAAAAUUCUAGGCGUGAUGCUCUGUUCCAAGAACCACGAGAACCAUGGUGACAAGUACCCUCAGUUUUUUAAAACACAGCUACACUUCAUUAAUCAUCCAAUGCAUUUUACUUGUUUACUACAAGUGAUGCAAUAUGAGAAAUCUACUGCUACAUGUGAAAGUGUUUUUAAUAUUUCGGGUGAUCGCAACUCCUUUAUUGAUGCCGGCAAUGCGGGGAAACUGGAUAAGGUGCUUAAUGUGGUAGAUUCAAUGCUGGAUGAUGAUGGGGUUGAAUUCUUUACCAAUCCAAAUAAGAAGACUAUGUUGUUUCUUAAUUUAACUGAUCUGAAGGUCUUAGUCACUGACAACAUCCAAGAGUACGUCAAGUCUGGAAAACAUGUGUUGCUGGAAUUCUAUGCUCCUUGGUGUGGACAUUGCAAGAAGUUUCCAAUUUUGCAUGAAGUUGUUGUCUCAGAUGAAAAGGAUUCUGAUGUCGUUAUUGCAAAAUUACGAGCCACGGUAAAUGGUGUGCCAAGUGACUUCGAUGUCAAAUAUUUCUAGCAGCCUCAACACCUGCAGGACCAGAUGCUUGCUCACUUGUGUCUGAAGUUUCGAAAAGAUUGGGAAGAAUUGCAGCAACUAGAACCCCUUGAUUCCCUUCCUAAAACCAUCUGCUCGAGUAUUUCACAUUAUCUGUUUUACUCGCUUAUAAAUGUGGUCUACUUAAUUCAUGGGGUUUCGAAUGACUUGCUUUUUCCGUUGGUCUCUGAGAUGAAAGCUAUAGGAAUUACUUCUUUUGCAAAAGCACCAAUGGAAUUUCUUAGUCCUGUUGAACUUCAACUAAGAAUGGCGUGUAUUCUUUUUUAUUCAUGGGUUGCACUUUUUAUGAUGGAUUAGGCUAUCCAUGAUAGAAUCAACGGCAUAAUCACCUCCAUGAAUGCACAGAUCCCUUACUUCAAGAAAAUCUUUUCCAUGAUUACCAACCAUCUAACAAGUUUUUUGAAUUUAAAGAUUGAGGCCAAUCUCCCUUUGAAGAAGGAUGGAACAACAACUGCUUCAAUCUUAAUUCUCUUGUUGGAUGGAAUGCAUUUCAAGAAGUACUUGGAAUUCCUUCAGAAUUUGGAAGAAAUUAUAGAGGCAUUGGAUGGACUAAAGGUUGCGGGAGUUGACCUUGGAGUUGAGAUCCCACUUGAACAGAUUCCAACUGUCCCAGAGGAAAUAACCGAUGUAUACAGGCAGCUUAACAAGCUAGUUACUGUAGCUUAUCAGUUUCUCGAAUUAGUGAUAGAAUACCCAACUCCAACCCUUGGUAAGGUUGCAGAUGUUUCUGAAGCUGUUCGACAAUAUGUAUUCAAUAUUGUCAGAAGUAUUUCCCUUGUUGAAUCCUUAUUUGAUGCCUUCAGCCAACAAUGGUUUAGUGUGAAGCUUAUAUAUGCAUUCUGUUGCUUGUUAAUUCUUAUCCUUGGAAUUGUUGGGAUGCACUAUGUGGUCAAUUUGGUGGGAGGCUCAAAAGAACCUAUAAAAUCGAGGGCUGCCAUUGAGUCCAUUGCUUUAGUGUUGGCAUAUUUCACUAACAAAAGAAUUAUUACUUUAUUGCUUUACUAUGGUGGAAGAAUUGGUUACGGAAAAGAAAAACGUGAAAGGCUGCUGGGCAAAUGGGAAGUUGUGGAUGUCAAUUAUUGUUGCAGGUGUGCUUUAUAUUUGGUGGACUCCGAAAAGAUAUAUGGCAAACAUCACUAUAAUACUAAGAACUUUCAUAUGGAAGGCUCGAGCACGGUGUCUUCUAGGAAGCCUGUGAUCUUUGCUGACGAGACCUGUGCCACCCAGACUGCUGCACUGGGAAAUGCUAAUUUUGCACCUGUCUUUGUUCAAGGAUUUUUGACUUCUGUGCGCAAUCGGUAUCAACUGCUUAUAUGGGCUGUAGUGCAUACUGCUGAUGAGGGUUUGGAGUCCAUAACUGACACAGAGACUGAAUUACAGCUGAAGGAGUUAGCUGAGUGUGCCUUUUAUGGUACAAAUUCUAAUCAGCCAGUUCAAAUCAUGAAAGUGAUGGUUCUGCGAUUGACUUGCUUGUCAAUUUUGUUGGACUCUGGAGACACACGAUUUUGUCAAAUUCGAAGUGCAGCAACAGUCACUACCCCAUUGGACCAUUGCAGAAAUAAAACAAGUUGUUCU